UGCUCGCGCAAGUUCUGGACUCUGUCUCUCGAUCAUGGACCGCCUGUUGAUUUUUAUUAUUUUCAAUUUAUUGGCAACCGUCACGUCGGCUUCGAUCAAUUGUGCCGCAACUAAACGAGGUAAGGCUGUCACGUUCACGUGCACGGAUCAGAGGAACCUAACUGCGUUGGAUACAGCCCCAGCCAACACUACGUCCAUUGAGAUUUUUGAUUCGAAAAUACCUUCUGUACAUGGCCACGCGUUCUCGAGAUUCGCGGCGAGCCUCGUAACUCUAGAUUUACAUGGAUCAGGUAUCGAAUUUAUAGACCCGUCGGCGUUUAUAGGCCUCACCAAGCUGGAGAAACUCAUACUGUGGGGUAAUAAGUUGCGAACAGUGCCGAGAGAUUGGUUCGCGUACACGUACAGCCUGAAAACCCUCGACUUGUCGUUCAACUUUAUCGAAGUAAUCGACUACGCUGUCUUCCAGAUGCUUUCCAAUUUAGAAAACUUCUACUUCGACUACAACCGAAUUAAAUUCAUCGAUUACACUAUGUUCGCAUAUCUUAAAAGCCUUAAAAAUGUGAAGUUCGAGAAGAAUCCGUUGAGUUGGGGAUAUCGUGCUCAUUUGACGUGGCAAUUGGAAAAUCAGCACGUAAAAUACACGGAACAGUAUGAGAACUGGGGAUGGAUGAACGUUGCCAUAAAAGAAUGCACGGACAGUGGAUAUGGGGAAAUACCGACAGACACCGUUUUAGAUUGCAUUGUCGCCAAACUGCUUGACUUUACACACAAAGUUUUUUCUACAGAAAUUGGACAGAGUAGCAACGUAUGCGCGAAUCAGGCAAUCGGGCUUGUCCAAUGCGUGAGAUCCCAAAAUCGUACUUACAAUACUGAUAACGAGACUGUACGAAAAAUACUCGAGGACUACGCCGCUAUUUUAUUACCUAUGUCAAAAUCACGAGGCCGAUUUUCGAGUCCAAUUUACCUCUGAAGUGGAAUUCUUUUAAAAAUUCAACAGUUAAAAUUAUGUAUACUUGGCGUAGAAGUUAAUUCUGUGGCUUAAAAUAAACUUGUUAUUUAUUUAUGAUAUAAAAGCAGAGAAACUCUAAUUUUCCCUCAGUUACACGUUCCAAAAGAGCUUGUAUAAUUGUAAACAAGAAAUUUCUAUUAAUUCUGUGCCUUUCUAAAGUCAACUCACCCUUUCUUUACAAAUUAAACAGCACAAAGACCACCCAUACAAUUUUUAAUUUUCCCUCAGACACACAUUCCAACAAAAUUUAUACGGUUGCAAAGAAAAUAAAUAUCGAAGGAAUCCGUGUUUCAUUAUUGUGAAGUUUGUUACUUGAACGUGAUAAAAUCGUGAGUGAAUAUUUCCAUCUAAACUACAGUUCUAAACGACAUAAGUAAUUACUUUCUACAGCUAUUAAUUUCCAAGUACAUUUACAAUCUGUUAAUGAAAUUCCAAAAAGUGUUGUAACGCGAAAAUAAUUUCUCAACAUUUUUUUCUUUUUAUUAAAAUGCUUCGAUAUAGGUCAAAAGAUAAAAAUGGCAGUAUGCAAAUGUCAAACUGUAUGCAGAUGUCAACUUGUUGUGACGAUAUGCAGACUGGACGGUCCACGUUUGCAGAUACGAAUGCGUUAUUCGGAAACAAUUGGAUAUCUAAAGCAACAGCUUGCUGAAUUAUUGCAUGAAAGACAUCGAAAGUGGAAACCGGAGAGAAUGAGGCUUUGGAUUCGAGGUUAUUAUUUGGAAGACAAUCGUACUCUAUCCGAUUACAACCUAACAUCCGAAGACCGAAUAAUGUUGCUCCUUGACGAUCGUUAUUUAGUGUAACUUUAAAAAGAGAAGUUAGUACUUUGGUCUUCGGUUGAUUAAACAAUUUUACUGACAAAUAAGCGUGAGAUUAAAUACUGUUAAUAUUAAUUGUAAGGAAAUAAUGUUCAUUAAAUCAUUUGGUAUUGAAAUACCAAUUUCUUCUGGGUGAAAUAUCU